AGCUUAGCGCGGCACUGUCGCCUCAUGACAGGAGAACGUCAAGAUCGCUGGAGGCAUAAUCACAGAAGCAAAUUUCCGACUAGAGACACGCAGCUUAGUGCCAUACGUUUGGCCGUGCAACGACGUGCAUCGCAUUGACAGGAGUCAUAAGCCUAGCUCAGUUCACCCUCGCAUGAGCUUGCACGCAGCUUCAGAACGACGUUGGUCCUGACUGUUUGGAACACGUUCAUGACUGGUCUUUACCCAUUGCUCAAGCCAAAUGGUGUGGCACAUCACCACGAAUGGGCUCGACGAAUGUCUAGCGCGCGAUGUUCUAUUGAUCACGAGACGUGUCAGCAAUCGCAAUGCGUGAAUGAGCACCAUGUCGAGUCCUCGCGCAUCGCCGAGGUUCGUCCAGUGUACAGCCCUUCCAUCUCAUCGCCUGAGCUUGUUGUGUGUGCUUCGAUCAAGUACGGCCAAGAAGGUUGGUUCGGAGAUGUCACGGAGCAUGCGAGGUGAGGAAAGGACUGCUUGAAGCUUGCAGCUUGCAGCGCACACAGUAGCAUGCAACGCACACGAUUAGCAAGAGAGAUCAUCGAAGUGAAGAUGGCGUGUACAGAAGCACAGGAGGAGAAGCAAGAAGAUGGCGCGAGGGAAUGAGUGGUUAGAGACGCAUCUCAUUGCAACGAUUGUUCUCCAUGGCGAUUUGAAUGCAUACGAGUGCUCCUUCUGCAAUGAUGUUGAUGAUCAUCGUGCGCCAUU